AUGAGAGCAAAUUCUGUUCUCUUUACUCCUCUUCAAUGCGGUCCAAUGCUUUUGAAAAACCGCUUCAUGAGAUCUCCAACAUGGGAGGGCCUUUGUGAUGAUAAUGGUUUUCCAACAAAGAAGCUCCUUGAUAUGAUGGUAAAUCUUGCAAAAGGAGGAACAGGUUUGAUCAUUCCUGGAUACAUGUAUCCAAUUGCUCAUGGCAAGGCAGCACCUCGUCAAGCAGGUAUAUUAUCAAAACAACAUGCCGAAGCUUGGAAAUCAACAAUCGAGAAAAUUCAUAGUUACGGAGCGAAAAUCGUCUUCCAAAUCGGUCAUGGUGGAAUUAGAUGCAAUCCAACUUUAAUUGGCCGCGAACCAAUUGGUUGCUCACCACUUUUACCAAAUACCCACGAAAUGACUGAUCUUCAGAUCGAUGAAACAAUUGAAGCAUUUGCAAAAGCAUCUAAAUACCUCGAAAAUGUUGGUGCCGAUGGUGUCCAAAUCCAUGCUGCGCACGGAUAUCUUGUUUCUGCCUUCCUUUCUCCUCUUCUUAACAAGCGUAAAGACAAAUGGGGCGGCAUCAUCGAAAAUCGUACUCGCUUCUUAAACGAACUUACAUGGGCCAUCAGAUCUCAAGCCAAAGAUUCAUUUGCACUUGGCAUUAAGAUUAAUGGCUCCGAUUGUAUCGAAGGCGGUGUUACACCAGGCAUGUGUGCCGAAAACCUUUCUCUUUCCCCCGCAUUCGACUUUGUUGAAAUUUCAUGCGGCCUUGGACCAAAACAUUGGACAACAAGGGCCAACAUGAACAUCGAAACAAUCAGGAAGAACCACAAGAACCCAGAACAGCUUAUCAAACAAUACCACGAAUUCUGUGAUGGAGUUCCUUUCAAAAAAGGUUAUAAUUUGGAAGCUGCUCAGUUUGUUAAGUCAUCUAUCCCAGACCUUAACGUUGCUGCUGUCGGAGGAUGGCAGACAUUCGCUGCAAUGGAAGAUGCAGUCAAAAGCGGCAAAAUUGAUUUCAUUUCACUCUCAAGACCAUUCCUUAGGGAACCAAACUUGGUCAAUAAGCUGUACGAAGGUGGUGAAAUGAGCCGCGACCACUGCUCCCUUUGCAACGAAAAUAGAGUUGAUAGAAUUCACUGCCAGAACUUUAAGAAGUAA